UCGCGGUGUAUAUUUGACAGCAACGUUACCUCAAGUGAUAAGGUGACUUUCUCUUCAGGAGUAAAGUUGAUUUAUGCUUUCCUGUUCUGUACGGAUAAAUGCGGUCAAAGUCUCAACUUAUGUUCCAAAAAAGUAAAUUUCCCCUUUGAAGUUUGGAUGUUGUGAUACUUGUUUCCACCAUAUGACCACAAAAAUUGCAACAGUAGCCAACUUGGCUUUUCAUGCAUUUCAACAGCACUCAGUACGUGCUACAUUGGGCCCAGCAUCAGCUAAUAUUAACAAUGGGAUGGGGGAUUCUCAUCCUUGUACAAAUGGCAAUUCUCCAACACAUUCUGACAAACCCGUUUCCCCAACUCUUCCGGUAAAACAUAAACAUUUAUCGGAAUCUUUAUGUCGUUUGCUAGCAUGUGUUCGCUCUCUUACUCCAAAAGAUGUUGGGUUUGAUGUUCGAUGGAUCUCUGAUUCAAAUAUAUCAUCUGCUCCAGUCGCUUAUGUGCAUAUUAUGGAAAAUGAAGUAUUUUCCAUGGGUAUUUUUAUUUUGAAACCUGGCUCUCGUAUACCCUUACAUGAUCAUCCGGGAAUGUAUGGGAUUUUAAAAGUUUUAACCGGUUCUGUACGAUGUCGUAGUUUCACACGAUUGAAAAAUGUCAAAUCAACAACAGAUUUAGGAAACUAUAAACCAUCGUUAUCGGUUUUUGAUGAUUCAAAAUGGCAAUUGACCGACUUAAUCAUUGCUCGACCACAUCAAGAUACAGUCCUAUGUCCGGAUCAUCAACCUUGUUUGCUUUUUCCAGUCGAAGGUAAUUUACAUGAAAUUACUCCAGUUGAUGGCCCGGCAGUUUUUCUCGAUAUACUAGCUCCUCCAUAUGAUCAUGAUUUAGGAACCAGAGAAUGUCGAUUUUAUAAAGAAGUCAUCAUACCACAAAUGAAUUCUAAUUCACUAUUAUCACAGAACAACAACAAUAAUAAUGAAGAACUCUCAUUUUCAGCUGAUUCUUCAGAUCCUGAUCAAUGCACAAAUCAGUCAGAAAAAGAUUCAAUUGUUUAUUUAGUUGAAACAAACCAACCGUCAGAUUAUUGGUGUGAAUCUGCGGAAUAUAAUGGACCCAGUGUAGUUUAGUAUUACUGAAGAGUGUUUUUUUGUUAGAAAGAAAAUAUUGAAUUUUUUCCCGUGGUUCUUUAAUUCUACUACAUCAGCUUAUCACAUUCACUAUUUCUAAGAACUUAUUAGCCUCAUUAUUAUUAUUUAUCAUUAAUGAUUCAUUCUCGCGGCAUUUUUCACUGUUCAUCCAAUUUUGAAUAUUUCAAUCUCUCUGCUUCUGUUACUCUCUAUUCCUUUUCUCUUUCUUUACUUAUGUGAUAAUAAAAUCAGUUUAUAAUUUGAUGUACAAAUUCACUUCGCCUCAUUUUCAUCAUAAUACUGGGCAGUCCAGUAUUCUGCAUUACUUUUCACACAUCCGUAUACCCAUUCUGUUUUAUGCGAUGUCUUUUCGGUUAAUACCGUCAUGUUUAGUUUAUUCUUGCUUUUGUUUACAUUUUAAGUAUUUAAAGAAAUCUGUGUCGUUGGUGUUGUUGUUGUUAUUAUUAUUGUGGUUUUUCAUGGUGAAAACAAAACACAGAGAAAAUCAUUGUACAUGCACCCUUGUUAUUCAUGCUCUCAUAGCAUCAUUCUGCUGAAGUUAUUUCCUUGAUUGAUGAUUAUACUAGUGUUGUUAGUAGUGGCAAUCUAUUCAUCAAAGUAUUGUUUCAUGCGUACGAUCUAAUGUUUUGCUGCUUUUGUUUUUCUCCAUGUAUCCCCUAAUGUUUUAUUUCCUGUAUGUGAUUUUUGUGGUCAGAUCCAUUCAUAGUACUUUUCUUUGUGGUGAUAGUAGUAGUGGUAGCAGUAUCGAUAAUAAUAAUCAACUUAAAAGUUAUCCCUUCCAUAUUUAGCUCAUUUCAUUACUGAGUGCGAAAACACUAUUUGUACUAUACACCUAUAAAUAUGCAUAAAUUUAUAUAACAAUUUAAAAACAAUACAUACUUCAUACAUUAUCAAGGCUGAAAUUGAAAAAAAAGAAUAUUAUGUUGAUUCAUGUAUAUUUCAACGUUUUUUAGGUACUACACUUGCUUGUAUCUAUAUUAUUUACUGUAAUGAAGAUAUAUGCAUACAUAAAUGUUCUUUUACGUGUUAGUGUAUAAAAUUUCUGC